ACUCCACGAAGAAAAUUCCAAAUACAAUUAAAUAUAUAAAUACAAAAUAAUUGAGCUCCUGAUCGGAGUUUUUUUAUAAACUAUUUAUUUAUUUAAUUUAUUUGGAAAAUAACAACACAAAUAAUUAACAAUAAUAUGGGGAUGUCUAAAACUAUUAAAGUUAUUUUCUCUCUGGCUCUUGUGGUGUUCUUGGCUCUAGCAGCAACCAAGAUAGAGGCAAGAUACAUAGAUUAUGGUGCCCUUCAUCAUGGAGAUCCCAGUUUCGGUUGUAGUAAACUACACCCUCAAUUCUGCAAGAAGCAAGAAGCCAAUCCAUAUAAGAGAGGUUGUGAGACUGAAGAACGUUGCGACCGUGGCCUGAAAAAGUGAAUCGACCAAGUUAGAGCACCAUUUUUUGGUUUAUUUUUAAAAUGGCAUCCCCAUAUUAAUAUCAAAUGAUUAAUUUCAUUCUUUUUUUAUUUUAAACUCUGUUAUUGGUUAUAUAAUUGAUUGUUACCAUAUUAGUAAUAAUCAAUAAAAUAAUAAAAUUUAUUAUUUGUUCAA